AUGUAUUCAAAUUGGAUUUCGGCGAAGAUAAACUCGUCUUUUUUUACCAGCAAUCGCACAAGUAGCAAUUUAUCAACACAUGAAUGGAGAUGUGGAUUUAUUAAAAAAGAUUUGGUAAAUGGACCAAACCAUGUUUUUGGUAAUCACCAACAUUGCUUGGAGACAUAUUGCGAUGAAUCAGGGAAUGUUACCAAAAACCAAAUUCCUUUUUUGGAAGACUCUGGUAUCAUAUACCAUAUAAAUGCAUCCUUAGAUCGUGUAGUUGUAAAUUCUCAUAGUCUGAUAAAAAAUGAAACAAGUAAUAGGGCAGAGUUAUUUAUGUCACUUUUGUGUAAGUUCAAUGCUGGAAAAAGAUUGAACCUUACCCAAAAAGGAUCCUUCGAAACCAGAGCUUAUCUAGCAGCAUUAAGUUCAGAAGUUCAAAGAAUUUUAAAUAGAUUGAAGGUGAUGCCUCAAGAAAUUGAGGCAAUAGAGAAAGGAACGGGUCAGUGGGAAAACAGCCGUUAUAGAAGCGAAAGACAAGACACUUACUGCUUCCCUAUUUGGAGAAGUGUCACCCAAGCUACCCAAUAUGGCCUGCAAAAUGAAUCUGUUGCUCUGCAAAGAUUUAAGAAUCAAAAACCACCAGCAAAUAGAAAAAGUGGAAUUUUUAUACAUGAUGAUACAGGAUUUUUGGCUGCUUCUCCAGAUGAAAAAGGUAUAUCGCGGUCUACAGUUCAAAAUCAAGGGAAAAAGAAACGCAAGACAAAAUCUGAUGACCAAAGCCAAAGAACAGAUGACGUGUUAGCUCUAGUAGAAGGGAGAAUACGCUCCUAUAAUGAAGAUCAAUUUGCCAUUUUUGGAAAAAAUGUCGCAGCAAAAUUAAGAGCACUUCCUAAAGAAACUAGAUUAUAUACUGAAAAGGUGAUAAAUGACCUACUGUUCGAGGCCGAGAUGGGUAACGUUACAAAAAAUACUAGGAUUACUUCAUUAGCCAAUGAUUCACAGAAUCUAAACAAUUUUUUAAGUGAUGGCGCUUUACGUGCUAACACUGCUAACCAUCAUAACUACAAUAAUUUAGAUCAAAAUACCAAUCACCAACAUCAAGGUCAGACAUAUUUAAUCAAUACAAAUAUAUCUGACACAAGAAGUCAAGCUCAAACUUAUUAUCAUACCACGACACUCCAACCACAGAGCCUCGAAAUAAAUCAUCCUCAACAAAUUAACAACAGAAGCUCCGACAUUGGGCCAAUUUCAAAUUUUUUUGGAGAGUACAACCCUCUAAUUGACGAUAACACCAAAACUUACAAUUAA